AUGAAAUGUCUAGACCUCAUAUGACAGAUUAAUAAUGCAGUGCUAGUUGCUGGCUGGCUGCACAGGCUUUGAGGAGGGAGAGUUGGAAAGAACCAGAGGAAUGCUAGAAGAGAGGAAAAAUGCCAGACACAUGAGUUGAUAGCUCUGCCUCUGAAGUACUGUCCUUUGUACAGCAAAAUAACACACAGUUACUCCCAGGUCUUGCCCACAUACAGUCUACUAACACACUGAGGAGAUGGAGGUUCAAAAUGUGCCGAAACUCAACUCCCGUAAGAGAAGGAAAGAUGUUACAGGACCCAAUGGAACAACAGACGAAGGCAUGGUGCCUAUUAAGGUUCCUCGUCACACAAUUGGGAACAAUGAGCCUGCUCCCUUCUCUGACCAGCUUGAAAUUGAUUACAGUAAACCGUACAGGAGAGUGACUAUGGAGGAAGCAAAAAGAGGGACGCCACCUGAUCGGCCAGUGAGAGUUUAUGCAGAUGGAAUCUUUGACCUUUUCCACUCUGGGCAUGCGCGAGCCUUAAUGCAAGCAAAGAACCUUUUCCCAAACACAUACCUGAUAGUUGGAGUCUGCAGUGAUGAGUUGACUCAUAACCUGAAGGGCUUUACAGUAAUGACAGAAGAAGAAAGAUAUGAUGCAGUACAGCACUGUCGCUAUGUAGAUGAGGUGGCGAGAAAUGCACCUUGGACACUCACCCCAGAAUUCCUGGAAGAACAUAGGAUUGAUUUUGUAGCCCAUGAUGACAUCCCUUAUUCGUCGGCAGGAAGUGAUGAUGUUUAUAAGCACAUAAAAGAAGCAGGAAUGUUUGCACCAACCCAGCGAACAGAAGGAAUCUCCACCUCUGACAUCAUCACUCGGAUUGUACGAGAUUAUGAUGUGUAUGCACGUCGUAACCUACAGCGUGGAUACACUGCUAAGGAGCUCAAUGUCAGCUUCAUCAAUGAGAAGCGCUAUAACCUACAGGAACGUGUGGACAAAGUAAAGAAGAAGGUGAAGGAUGUAGAGGAGAAGUCCAAGGAAUUUGUGCAGAAAGUAGAGGAGAAAAGUAUUGACCUAAUUCAGAAAUGGGAAGAAAAAUCACGAGAGUUUAUUGGGAACUUCCUGGAAAUGUUUGGCCCAGAGGGAGCAUUGAAACACAUGCUAAAGGAAGGCAAAGGAAGGAUGCUCCAAGCCAUCAGCCCAAAGCAAAGCCCCAGCAGCAGCCCAGCUCGGGAGCGGUCACCCUCCCCAUCUUUUCGUUGGCCCUUCUCUACCAAGAAUUCUCCUCCAGCAUCACCACGACGACGCUCACGACCCUCUGCUAAAUCCUAUGAGAUCAGCGAGGAUGAGGAAGAUUAGCCUCCCCCUACUUUUAACAAGACUAAUGUUUUGCUCCAGCUGCUGAUCACUACAUCACAUCUACCCCAGAAGAGCAGCCACUCAGUGAGGUAUAAAGCUCACUGUCUGAGUCCCAGAUAUCUGCUCUUUUGAGUAGUAGCAUGAGAGGGAUCCAGAAGAGUGUUACCAGUGGUUAAAACUCAGCACUUUUGUUCCUUACCUAAAAUAACCUCUAUAUAUAUUUUUUUUUGUUUAGAAAAAAAUAUAUAUAUUAUUUUUAAUGAAACACAAUUCUUUUUUAAAUGAAUUGUGUUCAUACUGUCAUUCUUUAGUCAUUGCAUUUUCCCUCCUAUUUGCAAGGGGGUUUUAUUGCAUGGGUAGGUUCACAGCUGUCUAACACCAGUCUUAUUUAACUGUUUUCCAAUGUCGCUGCUCCUUAUCUUGGUGUCUGAACUCUCUCACUUUAUAUAGACACUACAAGAUUCUUUUUACGAGAAAACUGAAAACCACAAGCGUAUACCUUGAGACGACUCUACUAUAAUUAGACUAUUCUGCAGUGACCAGUGGAUUGUCGUAUCUGUGUUGAAGCAGUAACCACUUGGAGUCUAGCCAUUUCUCAUUAAAAGUGCCUGUUGCCAUAAAAAAAACUUUAAUGAUUAAUGUUAUUUCAUUUGUGAAAGGACAGUUAUUAACAAAGGACUAAAUAAUAGAUACAUUGUAUGGCUCUUGAUUGUUCUAACCAAUUUCUUGUGAUAGAAAGGCAUUUUAACAAUUAUACUCUAGGUCCACCUCAUGGAGUAAAUGCUGUGUCUGCUGAAAUACUUGCACAAACCUUUUCUCAAGGUGGCAUUAAAAACAUUCUUUUAUGUAGUGGUA